AUGACCUCGACUACUACGACAUACAAGUUGCCAAAGCCACGUCCUUGUCUGAAGGACAGAGCUCAGCGUUUGGAUAUACCACAGACCCUUAGAGAAAUCAACGCAUACAUCAACCGAUACCGGCUCAUUGAGAGUCAGACCGAUGAGGAUGAGUAUAUCGAUAUUGAAGGUAUCGACGAGCCUCUGGAAGAGAAAGGUGCCAAUAUCAGGAGUACCUCUCAGCCUUCUUGCUCAAGAACGACGGCUACCCAGGCUAUGAGGCUGCCCAAAUCUAACAAGAUGACUGCGCGCCAGGUGGACGACAUCCCCUACACACGAAGGAUAGCCAAGACGCCAGAGAAGCGUUUGAGCCAGCAGGAAAACAACAGUAUCCAAGCAGCGUACCAGGAAAUAUCCAAACGAGAGAACUCGCUUACGGAGACAAUAAUUAUCAAGGAAACCAAUACGGCCCAUGACGCUCGGAAAGAUAUCCGCGGUAUCCUUCAGGCGUUCGAGUCCUCCUCAGGUCGCCAAAAGGAGUUACAUACGCAGCAUCUUCGAACAACACGCGCAUGGGCUAAGCUCUGUGCUAAGGAACGGCCUUAUGUGCGACAGCGUGCACUCGAGGAGCAUAAGAACGUGUAUCUUUUGCUUCCACCAGGUCCGUCAAGCCCGGUCCCG